AUUUAUUAAAAAAAGAAGAGAAAGUCUGAGAGUAAAAACUCCAACAAAAAAUUAAUAUAUAAUAUAAACUAGAAUGAGAAAUAGUAACCCAAUUAUUAAUUAAAAUAUCAUUUGGAUCAGUUCUACUAUAAACUACCAUAAAAAUUAGAAUCUGUUAAGAAAAAAUUAUUAAGAUCUAUUCCGCAUGAGCUAGAAGCUAACUUAGAUGCUGGUUAUGGCUAUAUUAAAUAAUUUUAAGAUAGGCUAUUUAAAAGGGGAAGAAAUUUUAGAAUAAAUGGCAAAUACUUUGACAUUCAUAAUAUUGUAUUUAUUUAAAGUUUAGGACGUUUUUGAUUAAAGAUAUAUAUUAGAUGAUCAAUUAAAAUUAAGAAGAAAUAAAUUUGAAUUGAUACAAGCAUAUGCUGAAUGUAUUGGUUUAAUGAAAAUUUUAUAAUAAGGAAAAAAUUAAUGUAUGAAUUAGAAAUUAGAGAAAAUUAUGCCAACAUAAUUACAAACGGUACAAAAGGAUUCUAUUAAGUUAUGUUAUAUUUACUAAUAAGCAAUUAAAUAUACCCUGCAGGAAAGAGUUACAGUAGAAGUUAAAAAAAAAAUUAUUCUUAAUAUUUAGGAAUUAUUGAUGAAGUUUAAUCCUAAAACUUUGAUGAUGAUAUCAAUAUUUUAGAAGUUAAUAUAAAUCAUAGUGGAUAAGAAUUUAUGAG